AAACAAACAACCCUUCCAAUUCUCUCUCUAUACAUUUUUCUUGCUCCGGACUCCAUUGUUGCUCUCUUGUACGGUCACAACAAGCUGCUGAGAGAAAAUCAUCGCCCAAUCGACGACGGUUUUUGGUGCUAGAAGAAGAGUAGUAAGAUGGCAGAGGAGGCAGCGCUAGAUUUGGAGGAACUCCGCCAUUUCCAGAGCAUCGCCAAGAGGCCUCGCGUCCUCAAUCUCAUCUCCUCUGAGAUUCGCAACUUGGAAAAGAUGUCUAAAGAGGCUGCCACAGCACCCACAUCUCAAAUCACACCACCAAUAUCCCAAGCUCCAACCCAUAGCUCAACUGCGGCCAAGGUUCCCUCAACUCCAUCUGUGAGUUACAUUACUCUAGGUUCGUUUAGUUGGGAGCAGGAUAAUGAUAAAGUCAAGUUAUAUAUCUCUUUAGAGGGAGUUGAUCAGGAGAGACUAGAGACUGAGUUCAAGCCCAUGUCUUUUGAUAUCAAAUUCCAUGAUGUUAAAGGGAAGAAUUAUCGAUGUGCUAUUCCAAAACUGAACAAGGAGAUUGUCCCUGAGAAGUGUAAGGUGUUGGUUAAGCCUACUAGGGUUGUGCUCACGCUUAUUAAAGCGUCCAAGGGAAAUUGGUUGGACUUGUACUAUAAAGAAGACAAGCUGAAGCCAAAGCUUGAUAAGGAACGAGACCCAAUGGCAGGAAUCAUGGACUUGAUGAAGAAUAUGUACGAGGAUGGGGAUGAGGAUAUGAAGCGAACUAUUGCGAAAGCAUGGACCGACGCAAGGUCUGGGAAGCCAACCGAUCCUUUGAAAGGGCUUAACUAGGGUUCAUGAAUAAAGAUUUUCAGUGAUUUUGGUAUAUUGUCUUGUGUUUAGAUUUGGUUAUGACUUGCUAUUAGUUUGGCUCUCUAAAUCUAAUGUCUUAGAACGAGUUUAAGCUGAGUUUGUUAGAAACUUGCACUUGAGGACUCAUUUUGUUAUGAAGUAGUUUUCAAUUGAGCGUUUCUGAAUGAUUUGCAGUAUCAUAA